AUGGGAGGGGGAGGGCCUUCCAACUGGAGGACGGAUGGGGGGAGGGCCUUCCACCUGGAGGACGGAUGGGAGGGGGGGCCUUCCACCUGGAGGACGGAUGGGAGGGGGGACCUUCCACCUGGAGGACGGAUGGGAGGGGGGCAUUCCACCUGGAGGACGGAUGGGAGGGGGGGACCUUCCACCUGGAGGACGGAUGGGAGGGGGGACCUUCCACCUGGAGGACGGAUGGGGGCCUUCCACCUGGAGGACGGAUGGGAGGGGGGGGACCUUCCACCUGGAGGACGGAUGGAAGGGGGGGACCUUCCACCUGGAGGAUGGAUGGGGGGGGACCUUCCACCUGGAGGACAGAUGGGGGGACCUUCCACCUUGAGGACGGAUGUGGGGGGGACCUUCCACCUGGAGGACGGAUGGGGGUGGACCUUCCACCUGGAGGACGGAUGGGGGCCUUCCACCUGGAGGACGGAUGGGGGGGGCCUUCCACCUGGAGGACGGAUGGGAGGGGGGACCUUCCACCUGGAGGACGGAUGGGGGGACCUUCCACCUGGAGGACGGAUGUGGGGGGACCUUCCACCUGGAGGACGGAUGGGGGGGGGACCUUCCACCUGGAGGAUGGAUGGGAGGGGGACCUUCCACCUGGAGGACGGAGGGGGGGACCUUCCACCUGGAGGACGGAGGGGGGCCUUCCACCUGGAGGACGGAUGGGGGAGGACCUUCCACCUGGAGGAUGGAUGGGAGGGGGGGGACCUUCCACCUGGAGGACGGAUGGGAGGGGGGGACCUAAACCGCUAA